ACUUCAGUCAACGGGCCGCCAAUCGAAGGGCAAAAGAUCACCCGAAGGUCAGAACAAAACCACGGGGAAGUGAACCAAACACACAUCCGUCGGAGAUCGGUUACAAUUCCGUCAGAGCCAAAACACCCCAUUCGCUGGGGUGUUUCUAUGGGAGCUGAGCUGCGCAUGCUGAAGGACGAUUUGUGCUUGUGUUGAUCCGGUGACUGUCGCGUGGAAUUGCUGAAAGGCGUGCGGCCUCGUCAGCAUCUACUGCCUCGGAGGGAUCCCAUCCAGUAUACGGUCGACUGGACGGCCAGAGGGAUCUCCAGCAGAGGAGUUGCGCAGAGAAGGAAGUUUGCCAGCACGAAGAGGUCGGAGGCGCCGUUGUCCCAGUGAUCCCGUCGUCGCCAUCAAGGAGAGAAUUGGCCGGUAUUUCCACCGCUAGUGCCGCCAGGAAAGCCGUCCGUCAUAACCGCAAACGGAGGUCUGGAGACGAGACAUCAAGCAGGAGCGAUUGAUGGCGAAUCGUCGCAGAUUAUGGAGUUGUGCGAGAAGAUGGGUGAGGCCUGACUAGGGGGACGCCCCGCAGUUUGUGAGUACGAAAACAAAAAUGUUAGCGUGUAAGAAGAUGUGAAUAGAGAAAGAGUAGAGGAGUUAGGCCAAGAAGUAGGAGGCUAGGAAAGGCAAAUGAUGAGGGCGGAUGCCCUAAAUACAUGUAUGAAAAUUUAGAUUUGUGGCGUUUUGUUUUGGUUGGUGCUUUGGCCCUCCAGUUUUGUGCAUUUUAGUCCGCUUUGGUAGUUCCGCUCUACCCGCUAACCGGAGAACUCGCAAUACUGGCGCCCAACUGAAAAUCCACAAUUAAAACUACCGUUUAGCGAAAUUUUUUGGUUUGUUAGUUAUUUAUGGUUUUGUGUUUUGAUUAUCCGGCCUACGAUAGUCAAAUUUUACUUUAACUCUUACGCAUUAUUAUCGAUAUGGAUUACACGCAUUUGACCGACGAAGAGGUGACCUACGAGUUAGCUUUACGCCACGUAGUUAACCUAGGUCCCACUACCCAUAGAGGAAAGAUCCUCCGACUCAAGGCACUCGUUCAGGAGGAGACCUUGAGAGAUAGUAAGCCCACUAGCUCAGACCAUGUAAUGAGUCCUCAAUCCAAUAUUGAACAUUGUGAAUCUCACAUUAAUAAGCUGCACAUUAGCGCUGAAUCGGCACUGCACACCGCCGACAGUGAAGCGAUCUGUCAAAUACGUUCGCGUCUUCUACACUAUCGCGAUCGUUUAUUACUGAUCCGUCCACCGGUCGAACUGCACGAAACACAUGCAAUGCUAACAAUGCAAAUUUCAGUAUUGUUGAACAAGGUGAACGGGAAAAGUGUGGUACACGGUGCUUCAAUAAGUGACAGUGCAGUGAACCAACUACAGUCAACUGGUGCAGUGCGAAGAUGCAACGCAGAAGAAGAAGGAGCCUUUGGAGAUGCAGCUGAUGCAACGUUCCCAAUGGUCAACAACGUUCCUCUGGAAAAUCCCUCGCCAGUUUCGAACCAACUACCACAGAUGAAUUCGUUAUCGGGCGGGCAUAGACGAGGACUGCUAUCUGCAAAUCAGCAAAGCUGUUCUCCACCACCUCCCUACCAUUCGAGAGAGCGCGCAGCCUGGAACCACCCGGAAGGUGGAGCGCAAGGACUAGACGCAAGAAUAAGAGAGAUGCAGGACAGGGAGCGUCGUAUUCGAGAGGAGUACUGCAGAAUGCGGGACGAACUGGAUCGUCUCAUUCGUCGAGAACAACCACGACCAGCACGAGAAGAAGAAAGAAGACUACAGAAAGCGGUGCACAAUUGGCCUUUCAAGUUUCGAGGGGACAAGGACACCACUUCUCUCAACGUUUUUCUGGACCGGGUCGAGACAUUCGCGAGGUCGGAGGGCAUGAGUGCUACACUGCUGAGUUCCAUCAAGCAUCUGCUACAAGAGGACGCAAUCGUUACGGCAGCAAGGCCGCGUUCACUGGAGGAAAUGGUUGAAGUUUGCACCGGAUACGACGAAACACGAAUGGCGGCGAUACUUCCGCAGCAACAACAACCACAUCGCUACAACAGAGUUCACGCGGUGGAAAUUGAAGAUAACAUUCUACGACGCGAGACAGAGGAAGAUGAAGCACGGGAUACGUGGCAGCAUAGUAUCGACGAACUCGUAGAGCAGGUGAACGCGCUGAAGCUGAACAUGGAGAAGAGCACCUGGCGUUCGAGCAACACGACGCGGAACGAUCAGCAACCCAGAUUUGCAGACAGAAUUCGUCGACCCGAAGAAGUUCGCCAGCCGGUCGAAACUGUGGAACAACACAGAAUGCAGCCACAGAGACAGCAACUCGUGCAAUACCAACAACGGCAGCCACAGCAGCUGCUAGAUCGCUCUCAAAGAACACAGAACUGGCAAUCGCACCGGGAAGCUCCGAACUUUGAAGAAGCAUUAGACCACGUUCCUCAGCAAAGCCAUCCAUGGCAUCCAGAAGCCAGACGGGAGGAAAUCCAUCACGAUGAUCAGCGAGAAAUUCCGCGCAACCAGCGGCCAAUCAUGGUUUGCUGGAACUGCGACGAAGACGGGCACAGGUUCAUGGAUUGCCCAAAACCACAAGCAAUUCUGUUCUGCUACCGAUGCGGACGAAAAGGCUACUCACUCCGUAGCUGCUUCACGUGUCGAGCAGAUGCGGGAAACGGUCAAGCGGGGAACCGACAAUAG